AUGUGUCAACUGAAGGAAAUCCGCUUCGCUUGCGGACACUCCCGCAAGGUUCUCCACCAGGCGUGUGCAAGUGCACAGCGUCUUUCUUCAACGCCAAUUCGGCUUCCCCCGAGUCAUUGUCUGCAGGGUCUUCAAACUGUUGAUAUCUCCGAGCAGUAUGAGCAGUGCGGACGCACCGUGGAAGGGCUGACCUGCUUGACCCACCAAGCUCGAAAUGCAAUCAAGAUGAAAAUUGCUGAUGUACAAAGGACGAUGGAAGACUAUCAACUCCGAAUGACAAACAUCAAGGAUAUCUUGGACCACUUCGAGAAGCCACUGCCAUCCAAGUCCGAAUGUCGAUGCCAUCAUAGCAUCGCAUGCCCAGGAAAUGAAGUAAUGUUCGAGGAAUUCCGCAAGAAGUUUCUCCUCACGAGCUGGAACGACUGGAAGAUUCUGACCAAAAAGAUCACAGAUGAAAUGUCGGAGCUCUAUGGCGAGUACGUCACGCUGCUUCAAGUGAUCGACAAGCCGGUCAACACUGAUGCUUCCAAUGCUGCCGCACGCGAGUCACGGGCCAAAUCGAUUUCGCGUGAAGCCGACAACCUUGUAGAGCGCUUCGGGAAUUCAUGCUGGGUUUGGAAGUUCGACAUGACCACCAUAGUCGAUUUUGUUGAAAGCGACGCUCGCUGGGUAUCCCUGCAAAGUAUGGGUUGGCAACCGCCUCCGCAGGAGGAUACGCCGAUGGUUGUCAUCCUUGAAGAGGAGCUUUCCACAAGGCAGACCCGUGGCUACUACCGAAGGGGUGGUUUUCAAAGCCAUUAA